AUGGAAUAUAAAGCAAAAAAAACAGUUAAGGUGAAAAAGCCUUCCUGGAUAAAGAGGAAGGGACACACACACUUCACGUGUACAGUGAUCUGUCUGUGACCUACAGAUAUUAUAAUUCAGCAACGCAUAUUAACGGGUUCUUGUCUGGAAGCUUUUCACUCUUUUUUUCAGCUGUCAUCGAGGAGCUGCAGCCAGUUUGACCCAUUAAAGGCUAGACCCACCAUUACUGAUAAAGUCAGAGUGACACAUUUCGAGGCAUCUGCUGACAUCAACCCUCAACCGCUGUAGUAGGCGAGAGAUAGUGAUGUGCUUGUGUUCACAGUGGCUGCAUGUUCAGUUUGUCGGAACUAAUAAUGUCAGAGAGUGACAGACCUGUUGUGAUAGUAUGUGUCUUGGUUUUGUUUAUCUUGGUCAUUGGUCAGACGGUAGUUGGAGCAGUGUACCGAAAUGAAUGUCCAAGGCAGCCAUUCAUCCCCGUCUAUUUGUUAGGAUUUGUCUCUUUCUCCAUCAUCCUCCUCUGCUGGUGCAACAUGUGCAAAGUUGAUUGUUCCUGCAUGAUUGUUCCAUUCUUCUUUUGCUGGUUCAUUGCUGGUAGUAUCGCAAUCUACUCCAUCUACGAACCCAACUACGAGAAAAGAAGAGCAGAUUCCUACUGCAACAAGACACUCUACCUGUUUGCUUUCUGGAGCACCAACUUGAUCUAUGUCCUAUUAGGUGUGAUCAUUUGCUCCUUUUGCUGUUGUAAGCCACAAAAUCAGGAUGAUACACAAACCACAGCUGUUUUUACGAUUUCCGGUCAAAUUCCAAGUCAAGUCUCAAGUAUUCAAGGCGAAAUGCAAGUCUAACUCCAGUCUCAAGUCUCUGAGUCAAGUGUCAAGUAUUGAAGGCCAAAUGAGGUCUCAAAUUUCGUGCUUUAGCAGAAGUACUGAUGCAGGGAUAUAAAACUUGGAUUGAAAUAAAAGAACACACAAAAAUAUUCAGAUAUCAGUUUUUACAUGCCUGAUAUACAUUUUACUUUUACAUUUAAUACAUAUCAUAUUUUACUAUGGAGGAUAAUGGAUGUAAUAUAUUUAAAUCACCUCAAACACCAGCAUCACAGUUUACUGAUCCACCGUUGACCUUUACUUGUGCUCCAGAAUUUUUGCAUUAAUUAUAACCAUGACAUAAAUUUGUGAUGACAAUCAAAAGCUUUUGCUGUAUUAAAA